AUGAAUAAUCUGCCAAAAGACCAAGUGACAACAACAUUCAAGAGUCUAUUACAGAAAAAGCACAAUAAGGGUUGCUUUGAUUGUAACGCCAAAGGACCCACUUGGGCUUCAGUAACCUUUGGUAUAUUUAUUUGUCAAGACUGUGCAGCAGCACAUCGCAAUCUCGGUGUCCACAUUAGUUUCGUCAAGUCCACUAUUUUAGACUCUUGGACACGCGAACAGCUCGAUUUAAUGGUUGCAGGUGGAAAUGCAAGUGCUCGAGAAGGGUUUGGAGAAACUGCACUGAAUAUGAAUGACCUCAAGUCGAAAUAUACGUAUAAAACAGCACUUUCUUACAAGAACAAGCUUCAGAAAAAGGCUACGCAGAUGCUGCAAGAGCAGCCAUCACCAUUAAUAGAGCAAAAGCAAGACAACCUUAUCGAUUUCGAUCAGCCAAAGCAACCACAGCAACACCAAUCUCUCAUUGAUUUUGACGAUGAUAGCACGAAUGCUGCCAAAAAUACCAACCUGAUGGAUGAUUUCGACAUCUUUAGACCUGUUGCCAAGCCAAAUAGCCCAUCCAAUGAUGCGAAAUCAUCGCUAUUUGAUGACUUACUAGGAGCACCUCCAUCAUCACCAUCAGCGCUUGCGCCUGCGCCUGCCAAACGAAGCAACGUGUUUGAUGAUCUAUUAUCACCCUCAACGAAUACCGCAACUCAUCAAACUCCUCAUUUGAUUGAUCAGGAAAAUGACCCUUUUGAUGAAUUUAUAGCUUCUCCAAAAGCCAGCACAACUUCCAAUGCAGCCGUAGACGAUUUUUUUGACCAAUUUGAAAAGGCAACACCCUCUGGUCUGCCAUCAGCAGCAGCAAUAGCAUCUACGCCCAAGAAGAGAACAUUGAAAGCACCGAAAUCACAUCACCAUUCAUCCAGAUUAGGCGCUCGCAAAGUGCAAAGCACUGUGUUUCAACAGCAAGCUCAACUUGCCAUGAGAGAAGAGCAGAUGCGAGAGCAGGGUGUAGAUGAGGAGAGCAUAGGACGUAGUAGUCGAAAUCAAGCCAUGAUGAUGAAUCAAUCAAUUGUCAUUCCUAAAUUACAAAAGCCAACAAGCACAAGACUCACUUACGUAGAAUCCAAAGUAGACAAAAGCAGCAGCAGUGAAGAGGAUAUAGAAAACGAGAGACUGGGCAUCAUGUCACUCAACCUAAACAGCACUACAGGCAGCAAGAACAGGACAUCAUCGCAAAUCAACAGCGCAGAGGAGGAUACCAAUGAUCAUUAUGCUAGAGAUAAAUUUGGAAAUGCAAAGGCCAUUUCAUCAGAUCAAUACUUUGGCAGAAAUGAUUAUGAUCCACAGCGUUCUGCUGCAAAUGCCUCAAGAUUAGCACAAUUUCAAGGCUCUCAAAGCAUUUCAUCAGACCAAUAUUUCGGUAGAAAAUCAUCAGAGCGAGUUACUUCGUCAUCCAAUCCCAUAUCCAAAAAGAUUCUUAGAGCUGCUAUCAAAGGUGCAACCAAGCUACAGAACACGCUGGCAGAUAUGGAGGUAUGA